UUGUCUGUAUAUUUCUGUUGUUUACGAUAGACGCUUGUAAACAGUGGAGUAGAUUAGUGCCUGAUUUUUUACUAAGUAGUCUGGUUUUUUUGUGAUUAUAAGUUUAUGUUUACUAAAUAUUCUGUUGUGUUUUUAAAUAACUAAUCUUUUGUUCACACAAUAUGCCUUGAUCAAGGGGAUGGAUCCUGAGGACACUUGAUGUACAGCCAAGGCGAGGAACGGAGGAUCACGAGGAAAAGGAGAAGGAAGAAGAAAAAGAGGAAAGACACGACUGAAACAGGAUCGAUAGACUUGGAUCUUGAAUCGAUUUCGUGUGAUAUGGAAUGCAAAACUGAGAGUAUCGUUUGCAGCAACUCAAACCGGAAUCUGGACGAUAUACUUCAGGUAUGGAAGGAUGCGUGUAAUUGCCAAAACACGGUUCUCUACGAGGAGAGAAUUGAACAAUUGCUGGAAACAAUUGAAGUGUUGAAAGAGGACAUCGCAGUGGCCAAGUCUCAUAACAGCAAGUUGAUGAAAGAGAACGAUUCCUUGAAAUUGCAUAUGAAAAGGCUGGCCAAGAGACUGCGCCAUAUGGAAGGACACCACAAACAUUCGGGACUUUCUUCACAAUCUGAAGAGGAAAACACGUUGACGAUCAAAACUCAAGACUCUUCUGACCUAGAACUACACACCUGGAUAUUCCCCACAGAACAGUGGCUGAACUUUGUCUCAGAUGCUAUGAAUCCGUCAACCGACUCUGACAACUUUGAGAUGUCUGUCGGCAGCAAGGAGCAAUCGGCGAUGGAGCGAGUGGAGGAGAGUGACAACUCUGGCCUCCUCUUCGAGGGAGACGACGAGGUGUUCGACGAGGCUGAGGACUUCCCUCGCCAGCCGCGGACGCCCAGGGUGCGACGCAUAUCCGACGUCAUCGACUCGAUCGGAGAGAGUCCGUCGCAUCUCACCAAAGACAGGACAUACACGUUUCCUACCAUCGAAACUUCUUCGACUUACUACUCGGCCAUGACUGAGUUUAAAUUGCAGAGUCCGCCGAAGGGCCGACCCAGGUCGACAGUGACCGACGGUCUGAUGUCGCCGCCGCAGACUCCCGGCUCCGAUCCGGGCUACAUGAGCACUGGCACCCCGACCACCCCCUCCACUCUGUAUCUGCGCCGCAAGGCGUUUCGCUUCAGUGCGUCCAGUGUGGACAUGGCCGGAUCGCCGCCUCGUCACUGGGACGCCACGCAGAUCGACGCCAAGGCGUUUGCCAACCAAACACAGUAUGAACAGCCAAGUGUUGUUGUGAAGACCACCACUGCCCCAAUGGCCGCCGAGAAGUGCGCCAGAGUGUACAACAUGAACCACAAGAAGAGAGGCCGCACUCUCAUAUUCAACCACGAGGAGUUCACCGACAUGCCGGCACGCGAUGGAUCCGGCAUCGACGUCAAGAGACUGGAAUGCGCAUUCAAAAGUCUCGACUUUGAAGUCGAUGUCUAUCAAGAUCUCAAGGUCGAGAAGCUCAAGGAAGUUAUCAACGAAGUGUCACUAGGAGACCAUAAGGACGAGGACUGUCUAGUGGUGAUUGUGCUGACCCAUGGUCUGGGCAACGGAAUGCUCUUCGCCAGAGACUAUGCCUACCCGGUUGAACACCUGUGGGCUCCUUUUGCAGGCGAUAAAUGCCUCAGUCUCGCUGGAAAACCCAAACUGUUCUUUAUUCAGGCCUGUCGCGGUGAAAAACUUGAUGGAGGUCUCACCCUUGUGAAUUGUACACAAACUGAUAACAACCUCUCGAGCUACAAAAUACCAUCAAUGGCUGAUUUUCUCCUGGCUUUCAGCACUUUUGAAGGACAUUACUCAUGGCGAAACCCGGAGAAAGGCACCUGGUUCAUCCAGGCCCUGUGUGAGGUGCUGGAGGAGGAAGGCACGAAAAGCAGUCUGCAGGAGAUCCUGCUGGAAGUGUCGCGUCGCGUCGCCACCAAUCACGAGAGCUACAACGACAUGAUCGCCUGGCAACACCAGAAGAAGCAGGUGCCUCAGAUCAACUCCACCCUCUUGCGUCAGGUCUACUUCAACCCGAAACAGACCUUCAACGAAGAUUAGAGGUUACUGCCUUUAGGUUAAUUUCACAACAGUUUUGAGAACGAGUCUGUUCAGAAGCCCAGACUACUCUGCAGCCAACGAUUGAAUAGCAGUGCUCAAAAGCGUAACCAAGUUAUAGCAUUUCCGAAAAGCCGUUCUCGUUUACAAUCAAUAUACUACUAUCAACUGUUGUUAUGCUAGCAUUUUUGUAUAAUCUUCCUUAGUUGAAUUUGCAUUUAUGGAAUAUUUUUAACCACUAAGUAGAACUCGUAUUCUUAUAUAAAUAUUUUUUAUCUUAUGAAAUAUAUAUUCUAGUUUUAAGUGUAUAAUCAAGUUUAUAUUUUGAUUAUAAUUAGCGGUAUGGCAUAUAAUAUAACCAGCCACAUGUAUUUAGCUUCAACAUGAAGCGAGUUUGCAUGUUAGAUAAAAUUGUAGUGUUUUUCUAUACUGGAAGCUAGCUAGUUAUAUAAAUAGUAGUGUUAUCUAGGGCAAACACUGCCAAAAACUGUAAACAGUUGUCAUUUCCUCGGAAUUGAAUGAAGAUGUAAACUCAGUAUUAGAUCUGCACUGUCACUCGAUGUAGUAUUUGAGCCUUGUAGACUUCACAUCUUCAAUUGGAGAUACAUUUUGUGUGUUGAAAUCAUAACAGUUGUUUUAAUUCUUACUCAUGAUAAAUUUUUAAUUGGAGAUAAAUUUUGUGUGUUGAAUUAAUAACAAUUAUUUUUACUCAUGAUAGAAUUAGGCCCGGUUGCACAACAGCCGGUGAAAUUUUAACUGUGAUUAAUUCACAAGAUCCAAUCAGAGAAGGCAUUUUUGUAAAGACGGCUUCUCUUAUUGGCUCUCGUGGAAUCAAUUAAUCACGGCUAAAAUUUAACCGGCUGUUGUGUAACCUACAUUUAAUCUUGUAAAAAGUUAUCGGUCAUACCAAAUCUGUAUGAAAUUAGUGAGACUAAAUCAUUUUUCCAACUGGAUUUUGAACAUUUACAUGGCAUCAUGUAGUUUUUUGAUGUAAUUAAUUCAGUGUGAUUGACAAAUUAUAAUUUGAUUCUUUUAAAACAGCAUCACUAUAUCCAACAUAGGCAUUUAUCAUAAUAUUGCGCAAUUUGAUAAAUUUUGGGAAUACAUUUCUAAACAUCACAAUAUAGGUCAUAUUGAAUGACUGCUGUGAUGUAUUGAAUGUAGUUUGCCAAAUAUAUAUUAAAAUUGUAUAUUGAUGCCAAACUAGUUGUCCCGGUAAUGGAUAAUACCAUAGCCACCUCUAAUACACCUGUAUUAUAGGUGGCUAUGAUAGUUGCACAAGAGCAUGUUAAAUUUUAACCGUGAUUAAAUGCCAUAAAAAUCAAUUAGAAAAACUUUCUUUACAGAAAAGCUUCCUCUGAUUCGUUCUCGAGGCAUUUAAUCAUGAUUAAAUUCAACAGGCUCUUGUGCAACUGGGCCAAACUCUGUGUUUAGUAGACAUACUUUGAUUUUACUGAACUUCAUUCAAUUCCGAAAAUUCAUUAAAUGUUAAUUUCAACGUAAAGACCAAUUUUUUCUAUGUUUUUGUGUUAUUUUAUCCUAUAGAUUUUUAAUGUCUGUAUCGCUUGAAAAAUAUUAGAAGUAUUUGUAAAGAGAAGGAAGAUUUUGCAAUAGAAAUCUGCCCCAAGUCUUUCAAAGAAGUGUCUUGUUCCUUUACAUAAUAAUAUUGUAAUAUUACUGAAAUAGUUUUAGCGAUAUUUGAACAACCAAGAAGAGGGUUGUAAUGAAUAAAUACAUUUUUGAAAAUAUUUGUUAUUCAAACAUCUGAUCUCUUUUUUACUAGUUUUAUAUUGACGUUGCUGUGAUUUGAAAAUGUUAUGACAGUUUUGUCAAAAUGUACAGUCAUGUGAGUGUUUAUACAGUUAUGUUUCAUUAAGGGUGGCUUUUCAGAUCUCUCUCUUUUAUUAAUUUUUCUUGAAGAUUUUUUGUGUAUUUCUUGUACUGGUGAUUGACAUUGUACACCCAUCACAUGAUCCCAUUCAUCAAUAUUUAAAAUGGUUUAUUUAGAUGUAAAAAAUUGUCUUUCAUUACAUCAUAAAAGUUUAAUAUACUCUACAACGGAAAACUAUUUGCUGAACUAAUUAGAACAUGUAUUGAGGCAUGAUAAACUAGGUAAAUUGUUGGCCCUUAUAUGCGAUUUCCCAACAAUGUUUGUCUAAUCACCCAUAAACAUUAAUUUAUUUAUUCAUUCCUCAAUUAAAACAAAGGAAAGUCAUAUCUAAACAAGAUUUUACGCUCCAUUAGGUGUUAGACAAACUAAAUUAUUCUCAACUAUAAAAACUCACUAUCACCCUUUUAUUAUAUUUUAUAUCAAACCAAUAAAUUUAUAUAAUUAAACAUUCAAGUAACCUUAUAUUAAAAUAUUUAAUCAUCAAAUAUUCUUGAUAUUACACUUUAUAGGUGUCUAGGAAAACUAGAACUCACCUUAUUGUGUCCCCUAUUAUAUUUAUUGCAAACGUAUUUAUUUUAUUUAUAACCUUAUUGUUGUAAUCCCCUUAUUAUUUUUCCUUUUCAAAGGAUAGAUAUUCUCCUGAUACAUCUUUGCCAGAUGUCUCAUAAUAAAACUUGAAAAUGUCACUUGUGUUUAUCUACAAAGUUUUAUGAGAAUCUGUUGGUAAGGUGUAGCUAGUAUGUUACACCAUAGACAAAUAAUAAUAGAAUGGUAUCUUGCAUUUUUAACGAUAUCUUUUCUCUAUGGUUACCCCAACUCUGCUCAUGAUUGUUGUAUCUUAUCCCCAUCUCUGGGAUGUAUCCUAUUGAAUAUAUGAAUGAAAUAUUUUCAGUAGCCAAGCUCUGCUCAGAAAUUGUUAUUUCCAAUUCAUUAGAAUUUAUUGCUUCUUUGAGAGAAAAAACUCCACCAAUUUGUCGUUUUUCUUUAUAUAUUGGAUAAAUAUUAUUUUGAGUGUUAUAUCUCAAUUUAG